ACACUGCACGUUACAAGUGUGUAAGCACUGAGAAAUGGUAACACGGUUUUUGCCGCGUUUUUUACCAAAACUACACAAAGAGUUCCUAAGAGUUAAUCAACUUAGACAAUAUCAGAGCAAUAUGAGUGAAGUAAGUGAAGAAUCAACGCCCGCAAAACGCAGCACACCACCCACAAUUGGCACUCACAACGGCACAUUUCACUGCGACGAGGUGGUUGCCUGUUUUAUGCUGAAACAAUUGCCGGAAUAUGAGAACUCUGAGAUCUUUCGUAGUCGUGACGACAAAGCAUUGCGAGAGAAAUGUGAGAUCAUUGUGGAUGUAGGCAGUGAAUUCGAUCACGGCAAGAAAUGGUACGAUCAUCACCAGCUAACAUUCAAGGAUACAUUCAGCACAUUGCGACCCGAGUUCGAAGAGAAAUUCGAUAUUAGACUGAGCAGCGCUGGUCUCGUUUAUUGCUACUAUGGCGAGCGUGUGAUUCAAAGCAUUUUGCAACGUGAGCGUAACCUGCAGUUAUCGCCACAAAAUCUGAAACUCGCCUUUCUGCAAAUCUAUCGCAAUUUCAUCAGCGAACUGGAUGCCAUUGACAAUGGUGUCCCCAUGUUUGAGGGCGGUGAACCACGCUACAAGAUCUCCACUCACCUCUCGGCCCGCGUUGGUAAACUGAAUCCAUCGUGGCAGGAAUCAAAUCGCAGCGCCGAUCAAGAUCAACGUUUCCACCAAGCAAUGGCCGUGGCGGGUAAGGAGCUGGUGGAGAAUGUGCUAGAAGUGGCCUGCUCCUGGAUUGCAGCACGCGAUCAUGUGCGAGCUGCACUGGAACAGGCAAAAACUGUGUAUCCCAGCGGUGAAAUUCUAUUGCUGGAUAAGUUCUGCCCCUGGAAGGCGCAUUUGGUCGAUCUGGAGAAGGAAUAUCAAGUUGAAGGCGUGCCCAAGUUGGUUGUAUUCAAUGAUGGCUCAAGUUGGCGUGUUGCGGGGGUGCCUCUGACACCCAGCAGCUUUGUGGGUCGCAAGUUUUUGCCCACACCAUGGCGUGGUCUUCGCGACGACGAAUUGUCUGAGCUGGCGGGAAUUAAAGAUCUGGUAUUUGUGCAUCACACAGGCUUCAUUGGCGGUGCCAAGACCCAAGAGGCUGCCUUGGCCAUGGCCACCAAAAGCAUAGAGUUCGUCGAGAAUUAAAAUAUAAAAAUGCAAAUAAAUCCCUCGUUUACAAAUUUUAUUUGCCUUCUAAUUAGUUAAUUACAAAAACUGCUUAAUCCAUGCGUGUUUUAAGCGCACGCUCCGUAAUCUUAUCCGCCUCAAUAAUGUAAACAGUAGCUCCCCAACCGCUCAUGGCAUCCCUAUCAAAGGCAUUGACCAUCGACUGAGCUAUGACUUCGAACAGCUGAUCCGGCUCCAGAUCUGGGCGCCACAGAGUCUCGCACAUUCCAUACAACUGCUCGGCACAGGUGCCAGCGACCACAAAAUCAUCAGGCUCAUUGGGGCAGCCAAUCAGAUCCAUGUUGCAGAUGAACGGCUUCAGGGUCUUGGGAUCCAAACCCGCCACAACCGGCUCAAUGAAGUACGGACCAAAGCGAUGCUCGUAGAGGAAAUUGGACAACAUCGCGGAGAAGGGUUUGGGUGCCAUCUCGCGGUUUUCCUUGGUCUCAUAGAUGUUCUUUCGGAACAUCAGUCGAUCGCGUACUGUCAAUAUAUCGGUCUGCAGUCCAGUUAAUCCCAAAAACAUACGAGGUGCAAUGUGAAACACUUUCUUGAAGUCUGUGGAGAUGGUUUGUGCUUGAACACCGAAGCGAUGAUCCGUUGCAAUAGCCACACAGUCCUUGCCGCGCAUGGCGACGACGCAACCACCGUUAUAUGCCAAAAUCGACAUUCUGAAAUUGUUUUAUUAAGUUUACUUUUAAGUGAA